GGGUUUUUACAUACUUAUGUAUGUUGGUGUAUUACAGGUGACUGGACAUAACCUUCGAUUACAUACCUACAUACAGAAAUGUGAACUAUCCAUGGAAGGAGCUUGUAAUAUUUUUGAUGUGCAAUGGUGUGUACAAAAGGUUGCACUUUCAGUUCUUAAAAUCUUCUGAAGACUUAAAGUAUAUGGAAAUUUUUUAUGUUAAGGGUGAGGUAAACUGACAACAAUGCAACAAUAUAAUGAGCUAUAUGGUGUCACAGCUAAAAGGUAUACCUUUAGAUAAUCAGUGUUCUGUGAACAGCAUAUGAUUUGUCUGUGUCACGGUUAUAAGGUGGAACUUGAUCUCUCCUUUUGUAAAUUAUAUAACUAUGCAAGUAUAUUUAUGUUUGGCUGUGCUUUAUGUUGUUGUACCUCCUGCGGUAUUUAUGUUGGUGUCGGAACAUGCUGAGUGAAAGCUUCCUGACCACACUGAAGUACAGGGGGUACAGUGUGGACUCCCCUGCAACCAAACAGCUCAAAAGCAGUCCAACAGCGCCCCCUGCUGAAACCUGUGUAGACAGCAGCUUUCCCCGGUCAUCACGAACUCACAGGUCUACCAAAGCUGGGAGAAAGACAGCUCCAGAGCAGCCUGAUAAGACUCGCCUGAUAAGAGUCCCAGGCUCUGCCAGCCGCUCGGUCCCCAGGAGCAGUGCGGACGAGUACUGGGGUCUGGAGCUCUAUCGCUCCUGGUGCUGCCCCAGCCUGUGCAAGAACUACCCCGACCUGCAGCUGGGAGGGGACCAUCUUGGAGACCGCAGCUCCCAGAGCCCGCAGUGGCUGGUGGUGCCGUCCGACGAUGGCCCCCUGCUUCUUUCCCAGGACCUAGGAGAGAUGGAGGCACUACCAGGGCCUGAAGUGGCGAGGGAGCCCGGUCCAUGGCUCGGGAACCAGGCCCAGCACAACGACGAUGGCUACUUGGUGAUAGAACCCAGCAUGCAAGGGCUGGACUCCAUCAGGAGCCACGAGAGACUGUCCAACUCCAUGCUGAACGGAUACCUGGAGACCAAGCUGCUGGAGGUGUACCGCCAGCACAUGCAGGACAGUCUGGUGCGCGGCGGGGCCUCUGUGAGCCCUGGCCUGGUGCCCGCGAUGGUGCCCAGGGACCCGACAGUACCCAGUGGCCAGUGGAUGGCACAGGAGGACAGACCUGCCACUGACUCCAUUCACUACCUCAGCACCUGCAGCCUGCCGUCCAGCUCGCAUUUCAGCUCUCCUGAGCUGAGGAUAUCUGCCCCUCAGCCGACCAAUAAAAACCGAAUGGUCAGUUGACCAUUAAUAUGUCAACUUUUCAUCCUCAAGUCCCUGCCUGCCAAGCUCGACUUCACUUUUACUGUAACUUGCUAAACCCAAACAGAAUGGGAACAUGGACAGCACUGUAGUAGCCAUCUAGUAUACACAGACAAAUCACUGUGUGCUGUCACAUCUGUGGAUCGUCACAAAAUGUAUAACACAGUUUUACUAGCCUUACUACUAGCCCUAUACAGUAUAUACUGUAGAGUGCUAACAGAGAAGGACAGGACCACACUGUGUCCUAUUAUACCCCUGAACAUAGAUAGACCAUAAUAAUACCUUGUGUGCAGGGUUGGUUCAAUUAGCUUAUAAAUGAUUUUCUGAGCCCUAAAAUUAUGUGCUGCUAAUUAUUUGUGCUUUUCCCAUAAUCAAUUAAAUACCGGUAUGUGGUUGUGAAUGUC